CAGAAGCGACCAGCCGUGCACCUUCCUCAUGCGCGCGGACAGCGGCCACAGGUUCAGCACCGCACUGAACUGGACAGGAUGCUGACGGACAGAUGGAAACAGACAGGGUCUCUGCCAUAGAGACAGAGGGUCCAACCAUACAGCAAGUGCAUAAGGAGGAGAAGUAUAAGUCCGUACUCUAGGGCUGCAUCCCUAUCUUCAGAGGGGACAGCAUGGGCAGAACAGUUGUCGUUAGAAUGGUAGUGUCAAAAAUUCGAACCUAACAAGAGGGAAUUUGCGUGAAAGCGCGAAUAAAGGAUUUUACUGGCCUUGCGGGCGAUUUGAUUCAUAGCCUAGCACUUCGACAAGUUGCUCGGGAGAAUGGAAAGGCCCACCCAGUCGAGCAUUUCCAAGAACGCAGAAGGUCCCUCAGAGGAUCUUUCCAAACUUACGGACGAGGAGCUUCUGAAAUGGAGCAAGGAGGACCUGGUACGCCGGCUCCGCAGAGCUGAAACUGAGAAGAUGAGCGUCAUAGUGGACCACAGCAAUCUCAUCCGAGAGGUGAACCGCAGGCUUCAGCAGCACCUCAACGAAAUACGUGGUUUGAAGGAGGUGAAUCAGAAGCUGCAAGAGGACAACCAGGAGCUGCGGGACCUCUGCUGCUUUCUGGAUGACGACCGGCAGAAAGGAAAAAAGGUUUCGAGGGAGUGGCAGCGCCUGGGCCGCUACAGUGCAGGAAUCAUGCGUAAGGAGGUGACACUUUACCUGCAGAAGCUGAAAGAGCUGGAGCAGAGGCAGGAGGAAGUGGUGAGGGAGAACCUUGAACUGAGAGAGAUGUGCUUCAUGCUGGAUGAGGAGAAGGGCUCUGGAGGUACUUGUGGGCCAGUGGGUACCGGGGGACCAGCUGGAUGCAGGAAUUCAAUCGAUAGCCAGAGUAGCCUGUCUCACGCUAGCGGUCCUGGGCCUGGCCUACUAAGAGAUGUGGGUGAUGGGAGCAGUACCUCCAGCGCGGGCAGCACUGACAGCCCUGACCAUCUCACACAUAAGCAGCAGCUGUUGGGUGGCCCAGUUGGAGGCAGUCCUGAUCACCUACAUAAGCCAGGCUCAGGGAGGGAGGCAACGGGUCCUGAGCAAGCAAGCCGCAGACAUAGCACCAGCCAGGAGUACGCAGCGCAUACUUUCCCCCAAGUGUGCCGGUCUCGCUGUGGGUCCUUCUCCAGUCCGGAUCAUAAGGGCCUACGGGGUCUGAGUCCAGAGAAACUUGGCAAGAGAGGCAGCCCCGAACAGUUCUCGAAACACUUGCUGGUGUCCUCUCAGCCACCUGGCAGCCCGGACUUUUUCCAGAAGCACAGGGGUAGCAUGGGUAGUGUGUGUGGGAGUCCAGAGCCCAAACAGAUUCUAUCAGGGACACCGGAGCACCUACAGAAGGGCCGUGUCAUAUCUGGGAGCCCUGAGUUGUUGAGGCAUCAGCAUGGAAAGUUUGGAAGCCCCGGCCGAGAUGUGGCACAGAAGAGACCGGGUGUAGAGGAGAUGUCCCCUCAUCAUCGGAGCAUCUAUAGCGGUAUGAAUGCUCUGAUAUCGGCUGGCUGUUGCACCAACUCCUGUAGAAGUGUCAAGCUUUGGGACAGUUUUGAUGCCUCUUGACCAUUGCCUUGACCAGAUCCAGUGGUGGAACCCUGGCUAUGAAAGAGGAUCCCUGUUGGUUUCAUUUAAUUUGCACUGACAGAAAUGGAAGACAAGGAUGUUUUAGCAGCAGUAAGUGUCUCUUGUCCCCGUCCCUCUCCACACUGGUUCCUGCUGGUCUCCCAAUACAACUCACAUCCCUGCAAAACCGAGGCCUGGAGGAAGGAUUCCUUAGGAUUCAAACAGCUGGACAUGACACAUUUGCCAAAAGGAUUUCCCAAAUGGGAGAUUUAUUCAUCUGUUUUUGCCAACACAAAAUAGACCUACCUCCUUUGAACGGAAGCAGACAUAACAAAACAAAAAAAAGUUUGAAAUUGGGAAUGAAAGGUUUUUUAUCCAUUUUGUUUACAGUGAUCACAAAACACACAAUCAAUCCACACUAUAAAAAAAUCAUUUUAUUAAUGAUUCUUUUGUACUGUUUUACAGUUAAAAACGAUCUAAACAUUCUAGAAACAAGAUGCAUUUAUUCACAAAGCAAAACUGCAUAAGACAUUAAGGAUGAGAGUUAAGCUGGUUUUCUGAGAAUAUGCAUACUAAAACAUACUUCUUUUAUUUUUCACACUCAAUUUGUAUUUUUUUUUGUUUUGUUUUAAGCAUAAACCUCACUAAAUGUUGUCAGAUUAAUGCUUAAAACAACAAAAUAUACAAUGCUAACAUGAAAUAUUAAUAUACAUUAUAUAUAAAAUUAUACAUAAAAAUAUGCAAAAUAGCAUGAAAUAUAAAACUUGCUUUAAUAGAUCAUAUAGGAG